UAAAUAGGUACCAAAACAAAUCAAAUAUAUCAUGUAAAUAUGUAAUGGAAGCAAAAAUAAAACUAAAAUGCAGUCGAUUAUUUUACGUAAUUCUGUUUUAGUAAACGAUAUAAUAGGAAGUGUGAAGUGUCCGAUUAAUUCUAAUCUAUUCUACAAUCAUGUUUCACAUUUCUUCUCUAGACCAACAGCAUCCGAAGUUCUCACAGCAUAUUUGCUGCAAUGCAAUGAGCCCCCAUGGACUUCGUAUUUUGUGAAGUACAGUAGUGUGAAAGAUGACCAGUUCGGCAUGUCUAACUUCAACUGGAAAGUUGGUAAUUCCAACUACCAAAUACUAAGAACGGGCUGCUUUCCUUAUAUCAAAUAUCACUGCUCAAGAAGGCAUGUUGAAGAUUUGGGAGCUUCUGAUAAGUUUAUGAGGACUAUCAAGGUGAUAAAUCUAGGUAUUCCAUGUUUAUUAUAUGGACUUGCAGCAACACAACUAAUAAGACACAUGGAAAUAGUUCACACCACAAAAGGUCCUGUGACCAUCUACUUCUUGUUACCAGAACACAAAGGUUCAUUUCAUUAGAAAAAAUAGUAAUAAUAAGAAUUUAUUUAUUUUGUAGUUUAAAAAGAGGAAUUCAAGUAGGUUUUAUCAUUUAUAAAUAAAUAUUAAACACCAAAGCCUAUGUGAUA